AUGUCAGAUGUUGAAGAUAAGGAACACGAGUCUUCCACAAACUGUAAAGUGGAAAAGCAACAAGUGCAGGACAAUCGACCAGCAGGUAAUGAUGAAGAGAAGCUGAGGAGGAGCAGUGAUGAAGCUGAGGAGAGUGCAGGAGUCAGGAGAGAGCAAGCAGAGACUGACACAGUCAAGAUGACCCGGCAGUCUCAAGUCUACACAGCAACCAGAGACACGCUUUUCCCAAAGAAGAUAACUCAUAGUAGAACACAUGCAUUGUCACUGGAGUGGGUAUCUGGGAUGAAUCCUGCUCUUCCUGUCUUCAGUCUGCAAGACCACGAUCAGCUGGUGGUCCUCUAUGCAGGAGCCCAUGUUGGGAUCAUAUAUAAUCACACCUCAAACUCCCAGCACAUACUUCAGGGUCACUGCCGCCCCAUCUCAUGCAUGUGUGUGAGUGAAGACAGACGCUGGGUUGCAACUGCAGACAAGGGGCCAAAAACCAUGAUGACGAUAUGGGACUCCUACUCUGGUAUUCCUGUGCACACGUUGUCCGAGUGCCACCCUGAUGGGGGUGUCAUCGCGAUGGCAUUUUCAGGAGAUGCAAAACAUCUGGUAACCCUCGGGGCUGAGGAACUUCAAUGUGUUUGUAUUUGGGAUUGGUCAAAUGAAACAGAAAAGCCUUUGUGGUUUACUAAAAUCAAUCCUGGGCAUGGUUUCCAGGGGUACAUCAUUUUCAAUCCAAAUGAUAGCACUCAGCUGCUCAGCUGCAGUGACAGCCAGGUGUUAUUUUACAGCAGGGCCCAGGAAAGUCUGAAAUACUUUGCCCUGAAUUGUAAAAAGUUCCGCCAUGCAGCCGCCAGCCAAACUGAUGGAUCUGUACUGGCCCAGUCUUCUCAUAACCCUUCUCAAACUGUCAGAAUGGUUGAUGGGUUUCUCAGUCGGUCUGUGUUUCACUGGAGACAGCCUCAGGUUGUAACAGUCGUUGCAGCAGGCACCCUUGUGGUGUGGGAUAUGAUGGAAGACUUAGCUGCAAACCAGUGCGUCCCACAAGAGAGAAUCAAGUUCAUUCCGCUUCAGCAAGAUCCGAUCACUGUUCUCACCGUCACUGACAGCUGUUUCGUAACUGGUGACACUCAAGGCCAUAUCAAGUUUUUUGAUGAAGCCUUCAGUCUUCUCACUUGGUACAGUGAAUUCAACUUGGAUCCUAUUGUUUACAUUUCCUUUUCCAAAGAGUGUACAGAAGGAUAUCUAGAGGACUGCGCUCUGGUGGCUAAUCCAUUAAUUAUCAGGAACUUUGUUGUGUCCACGGUCAGUUCCACAGUAGUACAUGUGAAUACACAGAAAGGCAUCUGUCAGAUCCUGCUACGUGAGAACUGUGACCCUAUACAUGCAGUAGCCUGCCACCCCAAACAGCCAGCUGUGGCAAUGGGCAAUCAUGCAGGCAUUUUAAAAGUGUGGGACUAUAACAACAAAGUGAUCAUCUGCAAAAGGGUCUUUGAGACAGAGAAGCAGGUUCAGUGUGUCACUUUCGAUCCUCAAGGAUCAUACCUGGCUGUUGGCUUUGGCAGCGGCUCUGUUCACAUACUGAAUCCCAGCACUUUAAAAAGUGAUCCAAAGGAGUGUUUCCAUUACACUGAUGACAGCAUCCAUCACAUCACUUUCUCCUCAGACUCAAAGUGUCUUGCCACUGCUGAUGCAGGAAAAGCAGUGACUGUGUUCCGCUUGCAGACAAACAAAGGCUCUGUCCCUCACUGGACGUAUCUGGGCAGAUACCGCGCCCACUACAAGCCCAUCAAAGACCUUCUCUUUGGGGUUCACCUGGACAGCACCCAACCCAGACUGCUCUCUCUGGGAAUGGACCGCCGUUUGGUGGAGUACGACUUGGAAAAAAGUGAUGUGAACCAGCUCCUCAUCUUAAGCUCAGAGCGCAUUGAGCAAAGUGCUGUGCCAAUGUGCAUGACCUGGUAUCCUCCUCUGACGGCAGAGCAGUUUCUUCUCAUUGCCUCAGACCAGUACAAGAUGAAGCUUUUGAACAGCACGACCAAGAUGUGCAGGAAGACUCUCCUUGGCCCAACAUAUGGCUCUCCCAUUAAGCAAAUAGUGAUCCUUCCCACAUCUAAAGACCCUGAGACGAACUCAUAUUACCUGGCAUACAUCACAGAGGACAAGGUGGGUCUCCAGAUUUUGCCUCUGGAUGGGAACCCCUACAAGUCCAAUGCUUUGACCUGCCAUCCGACAGGGGUGUCUGCUUUAGCCUGCUCCUACGACAGCCGAUUUCUUUUUACUGCAGGAGGAUCUGACUGCACUGUCUUGUCAUGGGAGAUAAGCUUAAAUGCCUUGGAGGGAGCAGCCUCCUUGGGAGGAAAGGACCUGGAACCGUUUUACACUCUUUUAGAGGGAGGGAGAGACGGCACGUUCCACAGGGAGAUUGAGGACUUUUUCUUUUACUGCCAAAUACGUCAUCAAGGCAUUGACUCAAUGGAGAAACGUAAAGUAUCAACCAAACUUCCCCUGUCAGAGGUUCCCUCUCUAAUGAGAGCUUUGGCCUACUUCCCCACUGAGCAAGAGAUAGAAGACAUGCAAAAUGAGGUCAAGUUUAGUAAGUACGCUGAAACAGGAAAAUAUGUGACUGACAUCGACCUGGAGGAGUUCAUCAAGUUGUAUGUCAACCAUCGGCCAGCCUUUGGCAUCUCUAAUGAUGAGCUAGGUCAAGCUUUUCACGUCCUUGGUAACUGUGACAGUACAGGACGGCCUCUUCUGCAGAGACAUGAGCUGCUGGAACUUCUACAGGCUCGAGGAGAACACAUGACAGAGGAAGAGGUGGCAGAGUGUUUCGCUACACUUUUAGGUCUUAAUGAAGAGGAAGGAGAAGAAGAAGAAGAAGGAGAAGGAGGAGGAGAGCGUUCUGAUUAUGAAGUUUAUAAAUCUGACGGUGGCGAUUCAGAAUAUUCUUUGGAGCGUGUGAUCCCAGAUGAGAUAUCAGUGGAGACAUUUACAGGUCACAUCCUGGGCUUCCCGUCCUCAGCAGAGCAGAGUGGCAUGUCCUUCCCUCCAGAGUGAUGAAAGCAACAAACUGUCUCUAUCUAUGAGAAGCUGCUGUGAUGAUGAGCCUCAGACUCUCUGCUGCGCUUUUUAAGAUUUCUUUCCAUAACAUGCCCUAACAUGGAUGCUGACAUUUUUAUGUAUUUCAUUUUUAAAGAUUAUAAAUAACUAUCAAUAUUAAGUUAGA